AUGAGCAACAGCUUGAUGGGAAACAUGCUUACCGAAGUGGUAAUGGAAAAAGCUAUUAGAGAUAAACUUAAAAUGUAAAUGGGCCAAUAGAAACCUCAAAAGGCUAAGGGUAUUGAAAUUAAAUCAAAAGAAAGAGUUAGAGAAGACUCUGACCUCGAAGAUGAUGAAUUCUUUGAUGAAGAAGCUGAAAAGAUAUUGAGCAGAAUGAAAGUUGAAAGAAUUGAUGAAUUCAAUAAAAAAAAUGCUAAAGUUGAACAAGAAAAAAGCGGAUUUGGCGAGUACAGAGAAAUCAAAGAAGAAGAAUUUUUAAACAGUGUAACCAAAAAUAAAUUCUCUGUUGUUCAUUUCUAUCAUAACGAUUUCGAAAGAUGCAAGAUUAUUGACAAGCACUUGAGACAAAUAGCUUACACCCACACUGAGUGCAAGUUCUUCUAUUUAAAUGCAGAAAAAGCUCCCUUCUUCAUCCAAAAAUUAGCAAUUAGAACUCUCCCUACUAUCGUAUGUUUUGUUGAUGGUGUCGCCAAGGAUAGAAUUGUAGGUUUUGGUGAAUUGGGUGCUAAGGAUGACUUCACCACUCUUGAACUCACAAGAAGAAUUGUUAAAUCAGGAGUAAUCAAGCCAUUAAAUAAAGAAGAAAAAGGAUUUAAUUUGAAUUUAGGUCAAAGAGGUGACUCCGAUUACUCAGACGAUGACUGA